AUGACAAAUGAAUAUCCAAUCAACGAGGCACAAUACGAAGCAGCCAGUUCCCAGGUGAACAUGGAGAUUAUCGCAGCACAAACACUUUACAUGUUUGAAAAGUUUGAAACAUUCUUACAGGCAUAUGAAGAGUGGAAGCAAGGUGGAGGCUUUAACCUUAUAAAAACAGUGAUCAAGGACAUCCCGAAAAUUCAAGCAUUGGCAAACUCACUGCCACAGAUCUAUCCGGAAUACGGUGAUUUCAAUGUGACCUAUGAAUAUGAUUCAGAAGAGUUGACUCCGCCUGAUAUUGAUUAUCCUGUCUACUGA